UUGAUCUAGCCUCUCAUCCCAUUACUCUACUCCACAUGCCCUUCUAGUAUUGUAUCAGUGUAAUCGAGUAGCAAAUCUAUACAGUUGCGCGAUCCUCGCUCUCGAUUGUCAGAUUCUCGAUUCCAACUGAAUCCUUGGUUUCCGCUGUAUCUGAUUUUCUUGGAGUUUGUAGAGAUUUUUGUUGUCCUGAACCGAGGAAAGGAGAUGUCGGACGAGGAAGAGCAUUUCGAAGGACCUGGAAGUCUAACUGGAACCUUCCAGCAGCAGGCUGGCAACAUUCGCAAGAACGGCUUCAUCGUCAUCCAGAACCGCCCAUGCAAGGUUGUGAAGGUUUCAGCAUCUGAAACUGGGAAUUAUGGUCAUGGCCAGUGCCACUUUACUGCUAUCGACAUCUUCACUCGCGAGAGAUUUGAAGAUACCGUACCAUCUUCUCAUAACUGUGAUGUUCCUUAUGUGAAACGCACAGAUUACCAGCUCAUCGAUAUAUCAGAGGAUGGAUAUGUGAGUCUGCUUACUGAAAGUGGUAGGACCAAGGAUAACCUCAAGCUCCCAACUGAUGAAACCCUUGCUGGCCAGAUCAAGGAGGGGUUUGACGAAGGAAAGGACCUGGUGGUGACUGUCAUGUCCGCCAUGGGAGAAGAGCAGAUUUGCGCGUUCAAGGACGUCGGCCCGAAGUAACCUGCCAUGUUGGGCGUGGCAUGUAUUUUCUUGCGUGCAGUGUUCGUAUCUGGCUGUUGGUUAAAGAUGGAUUUGUGUGUCAAGGAACGAGGCUGUAUUGUCUGGGUUGCCGUGAUUUGUCGUCCUAAGUUCGUCAGUUAAAUGUAUCCUAAAACAUCACUCUUUGAGGGUUUAUCGACCACUUUUUCUACCCAUUGUAAUGUUUACCAUCCUACAUACUGAAGGUUCUCU